AUGGAUUUUAUUAAUGGCAAAGUUUCCUCCAAGGAUUUGAGUUAUCCCAUUCCAUUCUUUUCCCCGCCGUACGAGGCGCCUACUGGAACCAUGGAGUGGAACGGAGUCAGCUCGAUCAUUAUACGAUACCGCACGGAUGGUGAGCUGAUUCGACAUCUCCUCCCGGACAACCUUACGAUCGAGCGCAACCCAAUUGUGACUUUGAUGAUUAUUGACUACGGCCCGGCCCCACUGGGAGCCUGCUUUGAAGUGUUUCAAAUGGUCGAAGUUCUUUACAACGGCAAGAAAUUCAACUUCUCCAUCCUCCUAGUCCUCGAUAACCCAAGAGCCGUCUACAUUGGCCGGGAACUCUUUGGAUUUCCGAAGCUUCUUGGCGAGGUAGAAUUUAAGCCCUUGCUCGCGGAUCAGACUGCCGAGAUUCGGGGGCAUUGUAUCUCACCUUUGGAUAAUACUACGCCUGCCUUGGAAUAUUCCUUUAAACCGACCACCCGCUUGUCUAGCGAGGCUGCAUCGCAGUUUGGGGGCGGUGGUGCCCCGGUGCUUAACCUUCGGUUGAUACCAUCUUCUGUGCCUGGGGCGAAACCGUCAGUUCGGGAAUUCGUCGAGGUGGAUUUCCAUCUGGAGGUUGGGGAAGUCUGGGAGGGAGAUUGCGAAUUCAAAUUCCCUUCGACAGCAGAGUCAGAGCCGUUCCAUCAACUCCCGGUCGUCGAACGACUAUCUACGCAUCUGGUCCGGAAGUGCACUUCUUUUGUCACACUUGGAGAACAGGCAUUUAGGUUCUAG